AUGUAUAUAUUAGAAUAUCCAGCUACAUAUUUCUAUACAUUUCUCUCUUCUUCAGAAAUAUCUUUCAGAGUUUGGCAGUGUAAUGGUAGCCUUGAAAUUAUUCCAUGUAGCAGAGUAGGCCAUGUGUUUCGUAAGCAACACCCGUAUACUUUCCCAGGUGGCAGUGGUAAUAUCUUUGCUAGAAAUACUAAACGAGCAGCAGAGGUGUGGAUGGAUGAAUACAAGAAAUAUUAUUAUGCUGCUGUACCUAUGGCAAAAAGUGUCCAUACAGGCAACAUUCAAGAAAGGCUCCAGUUACGUAGGGAUCUGAAAUGUAAACCUUUUAGUUGGUACCUGGAAAAUGUUUAUCCAGAAUUAAAAAUCCCUGAUGAUAGUGACAAAGAACAUGGAUCCAUUCGACAAGGUGUUUUCUGCAUCGAUAGUUUAGGUCAUGGUGUUGGAGAGACAGUAGGAUUGUUUGAAUGUCAUGGAGCAGGUGGUAAUCAGGACUGGGAAGUAACCAAAAACCAGCAGCUCAAGUUUCAUAGUUUGUGUAUGUUUGUCAGAGAACCAAAAAUUGGAUUUCCUGUAAUUUUUCAACAGUGCCACAAUACUAAUAACCAGAAGUGGCUUUGGGUUGGUAAGAAGAUGCUGAAACACAUAAGCUCUGGGCUCUGUCUGGACGGCAGUAAAUAUAAAGAUGUGGGACUGACAGUAAACAAGUGUGAUGAAAGUGCAGGUUCACAACAGUGGAUCUUUUCGGCAGUUCAUGUAUGAGCAUGAAGUCACAAUAGGUGUUCUUAAUUAAAUGUUUUAAAGGAAACGGUUUUAAAAAUUCAGGGCUAAACCUAGAGUGCCAUGGCUCCUGAGUGCUACAAUAAAGAAAUAACUUCUGGAGUCUACUCAUUAAGAAAACUGAAUGAUUGCCUCUGUAAAUGUCACAUAAUGUUUAAUUGGCUACUGUUCUGAAAGGGAAAUGAAUGAUAGGAUUUAAUUGUUGAAUAAUAUUAACAUGAUCUGUAAAUUUACGAUUUUUUUAUGUUCAAAUAUAUAACGUAUGAAUUAAAAAAAAAAAGAUUAGGUUUACUACCACUUUGUUGUUGAAGAAAUGAGUCUGUGCUGAAUUAAAGGACCUGCAUUGGAUAUGCAAGCUAGUCACUGUAUUUUGCUGUAUGUGUAAGCAUGUGUUACAUGAAAUUAUUGUUAAUUUUGUUAGCAAACACCCAUUUAUCUACUACUUUCUCAUCAAGAUUUUAUCAUAUCAUGACAAUAUAUUAAUAAAGAAACAAAAGCUAAUGUAAUAUUUAGUUUAAUUUACUUAAAAAUCCAGUUUUUUUGCAGUAUUCUGCUGUUGGAAUGCUGGCUCCAUAACAGUUGAGUUUUUGGACCAAUGAUGUUUUUAUAAUAUUUAUCUCCAGCAUUUGGAUUUUUUUUCUUUUAAUUCUUCCUACAUUGACACCUAAUAUGCUGUAUAGUUAAACUAUUGUUGUACUACUGUGGCAUAUAUAUAUAUUUUUUACAAGACACUUGUUUAUGUCAUGUAUAUUUACAUGAAAUGAAAGGUUUUGAAGAUAUUUGCCAUAGGCAUGAAAAUGAUACAGGUAUUUUCAAAGUAGCUUAAAUUGUUGAAUCAUAAUUUUUCUCAGCCAAUCAUGUGACCAAGUCAAUUAAGAGCAGUGUUCUUGAUUUGUGGAAUGUAUUUGUUUUCUAUAAGUCAUGCUAAAAUGAAAAGUUAUGGAUGUCGAGAUAGGGUUUAUGUAAAAGAUUAUACAAUAAGGUGGUAACUCCAAUUUUUGUCAGUGAGCAGGUGAUUGACAAAAUACUAGAUAUCUUGAUUAAGGCAAAUUGACCUCAGGCUAUGAUGAAAGUUAAUAGAACUCGGUAGGUAAUGGGUUCUUAAAGUAACAUGGAAUUAUAACUGUAAAUCUGCAAGCUUUUAAAGAUUUAAUGAAGGUGAGUUUUUGUAAGUAUCAUAAAGUCCUUGUAACUCUUUUCUAGUAUUAUAUAAGAAUGUGGAGUAAAGCUCAAGGAAAAAAAUGAUAAUUUGUAUUCUUCUGAUAGUCUAUAAAUUGAAUUUAGUCAGUUAAAUUAUAAGAAUUUAAGUUAAUAUAUAUAUAUAUAUAUAUAUAUCAUUUUUAAUGAAUUUUCAGUGAAUUGAUAAUGAAAUAGAUAUGAAUCAGGAGAUGGUAUGGUAUUCCUGUUACAAGAGCAGUAUGUGCAUAAUAUUCUGAAGAACAAAAGGGUGAAAAUAUAUCUAUUAAUGUUUUUGCACAAUUUACUUGCCAAACAUAUAUGAAAUAGAUUUACUUAUAUAUUUUAAAACUGUGUACAAUUUGGAAAUGUAGCUGCAGGCUAUAAAUGUGUAGAUGGUUAAUUAAGGAAAUUAAAACUUUGUACUUCAAGUUCA